AGCAUAAAAAAUGGAAAUGGAUGGGAGUGGAAUAAGGGCAUUCAUUUUGGUAGCGCUUCAGCUUCUUCUCCUGUUUCCGCCGUCGCACGCGGCGGCGAAGUUGUUUCGAGAAUACAUCGGAGCUGAGUUCAAAGACGUUAAAUUUUCCGAUGUUCCAAUAAAUCCAGACGUUGAGUUCCACUUUCUUCUGUCGUUCGCCAUUGAUUUCGAUGCCUCCCGCCGUUCCUUCACCAAUGGAAUUUUCAACGUUUUUUGGGACUCUCAUAACCUUAAUCCUUCCGAUGUGGUCGCCAUUAAAAAGGAUCAUUCAAACGUGAAAGUUGGUUUAAGCAUUGGAGGAGACACUGUCCCAAAUGGCUUUGCUUAUUUCAAACCUUCUUCUAUAGAUUCAUGGGUUUCAAACGCGGAACGUUCACUCACAAAACUCAUAAACGCCUUCAAUCUUGAUAGCAUCGACAUCGAUUACGAGCACUUUAAGUCCGACCCCAACACAUUCGCCGAGUGCAUCGGAAGGCUGAUCAAAAGACUAAAGAAGAAAGGAGCCAUCUCAUUUGCUUCCAUUGCCCCAUUUGACAAAGCUGAAGUUCAGAGCCAUUACUUGGCCUUGUGGAGAAGCUACGGCCACUUGAUAGACUAUGUCAAUUUCCAAUUCUAUGCUUACGAUAAAACCACCACAGUUCCUCAGUUCAUCCAACAUUUCAAGGCUCAAACCUCAAACUAUGAAGGUGGUAGGGUUUUGGCGAGCUUGGUCAGCGAUGAUAGCGGCGGAUUGUUGGCAGAGAACGGGUUUUUCACUGCGUGUCGAAGGCUGAGAGCGGAGAAACUCCUCCAUGGAAUCUUUGUUUGGUCUGCAGAUGAUUCUAUAGCCAAUGGUUUUGGCUAUGAAAAGAAGGCGCAGGAACUUCUGGCAAUGCCCAACUAGAUUGAUAAAUUAGCCUCCCAAGCUCUUUGAAGUCAUUGAGUUUAUUGUGUAUUGAUAAAUUUAAAUCAUAAUGUUUGUUUGUUCUAUAAUUUUAUGUGAGCAUGCUGUGUAGGGGGUGUACAAGACAAAAUUAUUACCAUAUAUGGAUAAUCCAAGCUUCAAUUAAAAUGGUUUAGUUU